CGAUCACAAGCCCUACGUCAACUUCGCUGACAAGCUGUGCUGUAGCAGUUGCGGCCUGGCCAAGAGCGUGGUGCACGGGGGCCCCGUCAAAGCCAACUCGCCAUCACGGUCCACGGCUCCAUGGGCCAGCGGCGACAAAGGCAGGGGAGCGGGCUCGAUAUCGGCGCAGCUGCUGGAGAUGCAAAAGCAGGUGUGCUCUCUCACGUCGGAACCCAAGCUUGCGAAGGCCAAGUCUCCCGAGAAGAGGUUGGACGUGUUGGGGAGCUUCGUUACGCAGCGGGCUGGUAUCGACACGCCUGCGGUUUGCAAGCUGGUGGAGCAGUGGAAGGCGGAGCAGGCCAAGCUGCGCGCGCAGCUCUUCCAGGAGAAGCCGCCUUCGCAGCGGCUCAAGGCUCCCGGUUUCGAAAUCACCAAGGUCGAGCAGCAAACCACCAGGCAGCAGAACGCCCGCAAGGCCAAGCAGGCGCAGCUGGUGGCCCUGCAGGCGGAGAUCGCAACGCAGGAUGCCGCGCUCGCCGAGUCUCGCAAGCAGCUGCUCGAGCUCGAGGGCCAGCUGGCCCUGCUCUGUGGGGCAUUGCCGCAGCCGCCCACGGGGCCUACUGGCGCCGAGCUUGGCGCCGACGAGGGCAGCUGGACGUUGCCCAAGCUGGAGCAG